AUGGACUUCACUCCGACCAAAAGCUCGAGCACUCCCAAAUCCCUCGGCCGUGUUGCCAGUGGCCCUGAGCCCGGAAACUCGUUAGAGCACGAUGCUCCCGCUCCGACCAAAAGCUCGAGCACUCCCAAAUCCCUCGGCCGUGUUGCCAGUGGCCCUGAGCCCGGAAACUCGUUAGAGCACGAUGCUCCCGCUCCGACCAAACGCUCGAGCACUCCCGAAUCCCUCGGCCGUGUUGCCAGUGGCCCUGAGCCCGGAAACUCGUUAGAGCACGAUGCUCCCGCUCCGACCAAACGCUCGAGCACUCCCGAAUCCCUCGGCCGUGUUGCCAGUGGCCCUGAGCCCGGAAACUCGUUAGAGCACGAUGCUUCAGUGUUGAAUCGCACACCAGCACGCCGCCCUUCCAAGAAGGCUAAGAUUACACCGGUCCCGACCGUUAGGCAAAGCAUUUGCUUGUUCUACAAAAAUCACCCACUCAAUGGAAGUUUCUCGGCAAAUGCCGACUACGUUCCACAAAACUAA